AUGUUAAAGACUAUACUAGUUGUUUUGGCCAUCUUCGCUACUGCUGUGGUUUGCACACAGGUACCUAAAGCACCUCAACUAGGAGGACUGAACCUGCAAAUUCCCAUGGGCACAGGAAUGCCUUUCAGUUUAAAUAUCCCUUUCCUAGGCGUAAGUUUCGAUGUGAUUCUUUCAAUCGUUCACCUAGAGACAACCUCGGGAUUAGAGCAAAAAUAA